AUGGAUCCAUCACCAAUCGAUUACGUUCCAAGUGAACACCAAAGAAGGUGCAUCCAAAGAAUGUUGCAAACGAAAGACAAGCGUAGCAUCGUUGAACGUCUUCUUGCUUGGAUGAUACACUUUGCUUUCCAGGACGCGCUACAACAUGUUUAUAUUACGAACAACAACAACCACGACAACAACGGAGAUCCUUUUUCGGGUCCGGACGUGCUGGGCCCACUCCGAUUGUACAACACUUUCAACAAUGACGACCUGGACUGCCUUGCUUCAUUAGCAGAAGUACCACUUCCUACCAUCGAACGAUGGAUUGAUGAGAGUGGAGCUUCUUCGACGGGAACGCGACCGUUGUUGAACAAUAUCAAAGCUCAUCUUCCCCCCCCCGCAGCGAAUCAAUCUUUAAUCUCCAAGCGAUCUGAAUCUGCUGGUCUAUUCGCUCCCUUCGCUCCACGACCACCGAUCACAAAACCUCCACCUCGAAACAAAAUCAAGGUCAACAAGGGAUACUUUGGAAAGGAUUGCAAGAUAUGUUUCAUGAAGGGCUUUGAAACCAAGUCCAUGACGCAGUUAUAUACACACUUCGUAGAGAAGCACUCAGGAGAAUACAACGUACAAUCUGCGCCGGAAGAUCCAUCUGACCGUUAUCGAUGCUGCCAGACUGAUUUCAAAAACGUCUCCUCUUGGGGAGACCAUGCUGUAGUAAGCCACUGCCAUAUCGCAGAGGUAUCUGCGUCAGCAACGCUUGGUCGCAUCCAAUCACCCUCCAUUUUCCAAGGUUCGCCGACUCCUGGGUCGAACACAAGCCUAGGCAUUGGGACUAGUCCUUAUCAAGGCACCCCCAGCUCUGGUGCGACCAUGAAUACCGACUCCUCAAGUACAGGAUCGCAACGUCAUUCUGGCGUGUCGGGCUCUUACGAAGGAUAUGCGAUCCCCUUCGACACACCCGGGCCCUUCGAGAACGCUCUAGGACCCACGAGCCAGCCACAUGUUCAUGCUGAGCCACCCCAUCUUCCCCAGACAUCAACGCCGAGCAUAACACCUAGUAGCUUGCCUCAUGAGCAGUUUGUUCCUGUAGCGGACAUAUACGGUAAUACUCUCAUCGAUUGCUCUGGCAAUACGAUCGUCCGCGAGUAUGGAGGACAGCAGGCUUUCGCACGAGAUUUGGCAGGCAAUUUUGUCCCCGUCUCCCAUGAGCAGCCGCUCUAUGCAUGUUCAGGCUCUGGCGACAUCUUCACCUACCGUUACGGCAUCGACAUGGUUUAG